AUGUGGGAGUUUUGGAGAAGGCAUAAGAGGAAAGUGUAUGUCACACUUGGAGUUUUAGGAAGUGGGUACUUGGUGUACAAGCUUUAUGAUGCUCACAGGCGUAGGCUAUCUGAUCUGGAAAGAGAACUUGCGGGCAGGCACGAAAGUGAUGAACUCAUUAAGGCCCAGUUAAGAUAA